GCGGCGGCAUCGAUCUGCGACGGAGCAGUCAGUGCGAGUGGCGGCGGCGCCGAGUGAGCACCGUAGGACAACACCAGAGAAGGCACUCUGCAAUGUGCACCAUGCUGCUGGCCAGCGCCGCCUCGGAGCAUCUGCACCCCUCUUGUUGCUGAGAGGUCCCAGGCGAUGGCUGGACCCCGCGACUCGCAAGUUCCCUGUUGGGGGCUGUGUCACGUGCUCUGGGGGUUGUGUUACGUGGCGGCGGGGGCAGUGCAGCUGGUGGCGGGCCUUUUUGCCCUCUACUGGCUGCCGGUUCUCGGCCUCGGCUCCAACAUCAUCACCGGAACAUGGAACCUGCUGGCAGGAAUCUCAUGCGCCCUGAUUGCGGGCCUGGCGACCAACUUGAAUGCCACCCGGCUGGAAAUCCUGCUGUAUCUGAGCAUUUCCGUGCUGACCGUGAACGCGGUCAACCUGGCGGUGCUGGAGCUCUUCGAGUGGGUUUUCCUUUUCUCGGCCGAGGACCGCCAGAAUAUUACGGAUAAGAGUCUCGACAGGCUGGUGUGUUAUGCUCGCCUCUCGACCAGUCUGAGUAGCGCCCUAAUUGUAAUCACAGCCUUGCUGGAUACCCACAUAUCAUUUUGUGUUCUGCACAACAUCAGGGCGCGCCGGCGAAGAGCCGAAACAAAUAAACCCGCGCCAGACCCCAUCCUCAACGACAUGGAGUACAUUUUGCCGAGGCGUCCGACCGACUUAGACGACGACGAAGACGACGAGCAGCACCGGCUGACCACCAACCAGAACUCGGCACAGGCGUGGGUCUUCGACACGGGGCCCGUCGGGGGCUGCAUAACUGAGGUCACCCCCUGCCUGCGUGCAGAGGAACCCCCAAGUGCCUACAACCGGCCAAACACGUACCUGCUCAGCCGGACGCCUCAGCAAUCAAAGGUGGUGGUCAAGUUAGAGGUGCCGGCCUACGAGGACCGAACGAGCCUCAACUUCAUGCGCAGCUUCUCGCGCACCCCCUCGCCAACGUGCAGUCUGAACCACCCCAUUUACGAGAGUGUGGACAAGCGGACGGCCACCGUUUCGCCGCGCGCCCGUCUUUACACUGCCGACUACGCUUAUGCGGUGCAACGUCCAGGUUCCUCCACCGACACGGCGCGCACCCACAGACGCAGUGAGAGUUGCGACACGCGACCCCACAGCGUGAGCAGUUUCCACCCUCCGACGGUGGUGAGUAGCGCGGUGGCCACCCCAUCCGGCAAGUACCAAUACGCCUCCUUGAUGAUCGAACUGGAGCAGGCGAUCCAAAACAAAAAGGACGGUGACGAGGAGGACGGCAGUCCCGCCGGCAGCGGCUCCACAGACCCCUCCACGCUCAGAGACAACAGCGACACCGAGUUCUCCAAGGAGUUGGAGGCUGCGUUGCAGAUGCUGCAAGACUUGGGCUCACCCAAUACCAUUGAAACGCCUUCCGAGCCAAGCAGGUCCAUCACCACUGACAGCACCACCGUUCCGCAGCCAGUUCCUGCGAUCAUGGUCCUUCCCGUCAAUGGUGAGCACAGCAGCAGAGCGUCCUCCUCGGGCUACAGUUCGCCGACCCUGACCGGCAGCAUGUCCCAUCUGUACCCCCCUCCGCCCCCAUUGCCAGGGGCUUGUUCCUCCAACAUCAGACAGGAAGCAACCAGAACGGUCAUUUCAGUUUUCGGUCCCGAGACGAAUAUCGGCAAGCAAGGGGUGACCAGGGUGCAUUUGAACCCUUCGCCCCCUCCCCCUCCCGCCGCCUCUUCCGGGUGGCAUUUCAAGAUUGGCACUUGGGGCAGCAGGGAAAGCUCGAGGAGCUCUUCCGGAAUCGGACACGAUUACGAAAAUAUGCUGCUGCAGACCGAGAGUCUGGCGUGUCUGUCUGAACUGGAACUCCUGGCCAGGCAUUGCAGGAAAAAGGCGGAACAAAGGGAAAUUGAGCACAGGGUACGCAGAAAACUGUCCUCGUCAAACUCGGUGCGAAAAGCGUUGAAGAACACUUUGAACACGUACAGCAACCAGCAGACAAGUCAUCUGUGAAAACUCAAUCGUCCAACGCUGCAGAGGACACUAUCAAAAGUUCUUUUUUUUUGUACAUGCCGAGAGAUGUUAUGAGUGUGAGUCAGACGGAAGUAUGAGUGUGAUCGUCGCGAGUGCUUGAGCUGUAAAAACCAAAGGAUAAGCAGUUGCUAAGGGUCUAUUAAGCAGUUAAAUAUUUAUAAACACAGUCUUAAUUGUAAUUGUUGUAUGAAAAAAAAAGUAUUUUCCUAUUGUCAAGAGCAAACGAUAUUAUUAAUGAAGGUUUGAGUGAAUUGUUUUUCUGCUAAAAACGCACAAAACUGGAAAAACAUAUUUAUGAAUGUGGAAACGAAGAAAACAAGAACCAUAUUUCUCUCUAGGACAGUUUGACUUUGCUGUGAUUUCUGUAAAUUUUACAAAGAGCUAGAAAUUUUCAAGGAGACCAUGACAUAUUUUACAAUGCUUAGUUAUGUCGGUCCAACACUUAUGAGCCCUCUAGUUUGGUUUGUUGGAUGUUGUAUCGACGAUAAACGCCUAUACUCUCUAUCAACGGAGUGUAUGUUAAAUGUACACUUGUAGGAGUUUGUCGGCAUUUCCUGAAUUAAAAAUUUAAAAUGAUGUUCUCUUUUAAGAGAUGAAAUGAUACCGCAGAGAGAAAUAAAAAAUAAUAAAUAUAUUUUUUCAAACCGCAAGCAAGUGUAAAAAUUGUCUAUCAAAAGUGCAACGUUUAGUCUACAAGAAAAAAAAACUCAUGCAGAAUUAAUAAAAAUAUGUACAAUAGUCAUGUAAAAUUUAAACAAACCCUGGUGAAGUUCCAAAAAAGUGAAACAUCAAACCGUUGAAAAUGAGAUUUUUUAUUGAAAAUGUGGAUCUGCAAGCCAUUGGAGUUUAUAUUCAUGUACCUCUAUGAGUAGCAAUAAGAAUUUUGUUACCAAUAAAAAUAAUAUACAAUAAAAAAGCUUUAUAACUAUAUU